AUGGUGUUUCAUAUUACAGCUCGGGAAACUGGACUGGUAGAUAUUUUGCCAGCACGCCAGGGGCAAUAUCUGAUACCACAUUUAAGCAGGAAUUUCUGUGUGGAAGGCUUCCACCCAAGAAACGCUACUACCUGGAGUUCUCAGCAAUGGUGGUCAAGCGGUUGUGUUCGCCGUACUCCAUUAAACGCCAGUGCAAGUGGCAGCACAGAUGGUUUCCUCCAAGGAUUCUGUGUAAAGGGAUCUCAUAGAAUGCUUGUUUAUGAGUACAUGUCAAAUGGGUCUGUCAACUCUUUUUUCUCUGGCAAAUCUAAAGAAGAUGACAAGGUGCUAGACUGGAAUACCAUAUUUGGAAUCGCUUUAGGCACUGCAAUAGGGCUACUCUAUCUCCAUGAAGAAUGUAUGGAUUGCAUCAUCCAUUGUGAUAUCAAGCCAGAAAAUAUUCUUCGAGAUGUUGAUUUCUCUCCAAAAGUGGUUGAUUUUGGCCUGGCAAAGCUUGUUGGUAGAGAUUUCAGCAUAGUGUUGACAACAACAAGAGGAACCAGAGGAUAUUUGGCUCCUGAGUGGCUAACCAGCAUGUCAAUAACAACGAAGGUGGAUGAAUCUCAGUACUACUUCCCCACCUGGGUAGCAACUCAAAUUCAAAAAGGAAACACAAUGGGUAUUGUGGAUGAAAGGAUUGCAGACAAGGCGGAUAUUGAAGAGGUGAGAAGGGCAGUCAUGGUAAGCAUUCUCUGCAUUCAACAGGAUGAGGAUGGGAGGCCGAGUAUGGCCCAAGUUGUGAAGAUUUUGGAAGGCAUAUUAGAGGGCGACAUGGAACGAUAUGAGAGGUCAUUGCAAGUGCUCAUCGAUUAUCACUGA